AUGGAUCAGCAAUUGUACCAGCAGAUUUUGCUUGCUGUCCAGGCAAGUCACUCGCCUGUGGCAUCUCUUAGCGAGCGUCAGGCUGCAUAUGCUUUUUGUGAAGAGUUUAACAAUCGUCCUGACUGUGCGUUGUAUGCCGUGGCAUUGUACCGGAACCCCAGCGGACGCGACGAAUUGGAGCUACAGACGUGUCAACAUUUUGCUCUUCACGUACUGGAACGUCAUGUCUUCACUUGCUGGGACAUGUUGCCUCUUGAAGAACAGCACAAGAUGCGAAUAGAGCUCAUGGACCUGCUAUUACGAGCAACAUCAGCCGUGGACGAGCCUUUAUUUAUACGAGAAAAAAAGGUGGCACUCUUGGCUCAAAUUGCCAAGCGACAAUUCCCUCAACGAUGGCCGGAGUUACUUCCAGAGCUACUUGAGGUGUGGCAGAGUGGAAAUAGUAGACAAGUGGAGCUUGUGUUGUUGAUUUUAAGGUCAUUAGCAGAAGAUUGUGUCAGUAGUUCGUUCAAUACGUCAAUUCCUCCAGCUAGAAGGAAAGAUAUCUUGCAAGGCUUGAAUGUUUGCUUGCCAGAUCUGUUUCCAGUAGUUUAUCAAGAGCUGGAGAAACAAUAUGUAAUUUACAAGUCACAUACGACGACAGAAGCACAGACGAACACGAGUCAGAGACUAAUUCAUGCGGCUUUAGACAUGUUAAAGGAGUUUCUAGAGUGGAUCCCGCUCGAACAACCGGUGAAUCCGACGACGAAUUUUAUUAUGGUCGCGGUCUUAUUGCUCGAUGAUUACGAAUUUCGUGUGGCAGGAGCCGAGUGUUUGGAAACAUACAUGAUGCGUGGGUUUGGAAAGGAUUACAGGGCGAUUAUGCUGCAGAGUAUCAGUCAGAUCAUCGAGAAGGUGGAUACGCUAGAUUUCACGACGGUGGGACCGGAUUUGGCGGCAAGCUUGCGUUUUAAUAAGAAAGUGAACGAUAUGUUAAUUGCGUGGGGUACGUGUCAGUUGGAUGUGCUGCUGCAGGAUGGACCUGGCGAGCCGGAAAUGGCCCUGCUUCGUCUGGUAUUGAAGAAUCUGUGCAAAUUGUUUGCCUACCCGAGUCUAAUUUUGACGGAAGCGCAGGUUAUUUUGUGGUUAACAGUGCUGAAAAAUAAGAAAGUUUUGAAGCAAGGAGAAGCAUUCUUGGCAGACAUUUUGGAGCAGCUACGACAGGUCUCGUUUGAUAAAUACUUCAAGCUGGGCUCGCCAGAGCGAGAGAACCCAGGGAAUUACGCUGCUGUUUGCGACUGCAGUAGAGAAGAAUUUGAUGAUCACAAUGAGUAUGUUUCGUAUUACGGAAACUUCCGGGGACGUCUGUACGCGUUGAUUCGCGUGCUGGUACAGCUGAACCCAACAGUUAUGUUGCAGUCUUUGCACGAGCGUUUGGUAUUCGUACUGACGCAGAAUGCUGUCGGGACGGAUCACCUGAGUGCAGAUCGUGGCUACUGUACUGACCUCAGUACCACCUACUUGUACCACGAAGGUAUCUCAUCUCUGAUAGAUUGCAUCGUCAAGCAACUCCCUGCAAAUGCAAUGCAAGAUCUCGUAAACCAGCAGACAUUGGGGAUGAUUUUGCAGGCGAUUCUGUUGUUCGAGACCCCUGACCCACUUCUUAAAUUCCGCCAGCUCUUAAUGCUGGCAUCGUUUGCAAAGUACUAUGUGCUCGAUGGUAGCGCGCUGACGACAGUAUUUGAAAUGCUCUUUGCGAGCAUUAACUUUGUCAUGUCCGGUGAGGAUGUACAUGGUAAAAUGAGCAGUGACACGAUUAAUGUUCGACGACGGGCAUUAUCAUCUCUCGUUUCCAUUUGCCAGGCGAUUCCCGCGCAUAUCUUGCCGGUACUCCCUGUGUUGUGUGCUAAGGUUCGAGAGCUUUUUGCUGCUGAUCGUGUCACCGACACGGAAGGGGUGAUGCUUUAUGAAAUGCUGGUGUUGGUUUCAAACUCGAUGGAGAACAGGGAGGAACGUGUGCGGUUUGUGGAACAAAUCGUGCAAGAUCCGCUUACUCAGUGGACAUCUCCAGAAAUGACCGCUCUUGUCAGCUCCCCACAGAGCAUUGCUACCGCUAUUGAAGCGACUACGAACGACGAAAAGUCGAAGAAACAAAUCGGAAUGAUUAUUAAAACGCUUACAACAUUGUAUGGUAUUGCGAAACGGGCAGGUGCGACCUUUUCACCGAAGAUGGCCCAACACACGGGAGCGUUCGAUGGCGCAUGGCCACACUUACUACCAAAUUUGCUCGCUCUCGUCCGUUCGCUCCAUGGCCUGCACGAACCAGCUGUUAAAGAAGCACUGCUGAAAACCUCCAGUGCUUGCUGGUUGCUGAGCGUCUCCGUUGAUGAAGUUGCUCAGUUGCUUGGAGGAAAAAAUCAGUUAGAAGAAGAGGAAGUGACCAAGUUACCCGCUGUUUCUAGAUGGUCGAAGUGGCACAAGAACGUGCGCGAUGUUUCGUACCAUUUGGUGGGAGUAGCUGUAGGGCAGACCAGCUUAUUCAACAAUCCCCAGGUGGCCUCCAUCCUGGAUACUAUGCUCAGCAAUAUGGAUUUAAUGGACCACCGCCACCUAAAAGGUGCUUUGGCGUAUGUGUAUUUACCGUUUCUAAAGAACUGCCCCAAGGAGCUGUACCCAUCACUACUGGACCCAGUGCUUGCGACAUUGUUCGGUCAUUUUGCACAGCGCGCUGCAUUAAUUUUCCAGCGUCCAGUGACCGGGCAUAAGGCAACUCAAGCUCCUUGGAGCGCGCUGGUAGUCGGUAUUGAAGACGCAAAACAGGAGAUUGCACGUGAGAAAAUGGUCAUGGAGCUCACCCGCCAAUUCGUUGAUUUCAUUGAAUAUGCUAUUGAUCCCAAGACAGUUGUAGGAACCGACACAGACAAUCCGAAGCAUGUUACCAGCCCUGAAGAUGCCUUCCUGUGUGAUUAUAUUCUGACACAAUCGCCUUCACUGCCGUUUGCGGUCGGUGCGAUUCUGGUGCAGGUGAUUUGCUGGAAAGAUACGCUGAGCUGCCGAAAAGCGGUACUUCUUGGCGACAAGCUCGUCAACGUCUUGUAUGCUGACACAAAAUAUCACACCCUCCUUGGUCGCGAUAUCUUCUCCGCAGCACUCCAGAGUGUCCUGAAGGAGCAUGUCGGUCACGUGAAGGAAGAUGGUCUUAAAUGGGAAAUUAUCAAUCUUGCGCGUAAUAUUUACUGCAGACUAACGCUGGGCUUAGCUCCUGUAGAAGAGUGCAAGAGAAUCGACCCGUGCAACCAGCCACUUCGUCCUGCGUCGUCGCUCUGUGCGGCUCCACGCGAGAUUUUGCUAUCUCUUCCAGAUAUCACGCCUGCCCACAUGGAUGCGCUGGACACUCUUUUGCGUGAGAAGCACAGCACAAAGACACAGAAAAAAGCGUUCAAGGAGAUUUUGGAGAUGCCCAUUUUGGCUAUUCGGCGUGAGCAAGCGCUGACAUCAGGAUCAGUGUCGCCUAUGGCAAGAAUUGUUGAUACUACAAAUACGUCGAUCAAAAAUAUUCUGGACCUUCCCGAGAAGCUGGUGAUUCCCAGGAAAGAACUCGAGACACAAGUCAAGUGGCAGGAAGCGCAAAACCCACAUCUAGAUACGCAUUCGCUCUUUGGUGCUCAGUGA